GCGCGCGGCGCCCGGCGGCUCUGGGAGGCAGUGGGCGCAGAUGGCGGCGACGGCGGCGGAGGGCCCCCCCGGGCCGGCCCUGGAGCUGCGCGGGGCCUGGAACACCGUGAGCACCGGGCUGGUGCCGCCGGCCGCGCUGGGGCUGGCGUCCUCCCGGACCAGCGGCGCCGUCCCGCCGAAGGAGGAGGAGCUGCGGGCGGCGGUGGAGGUGCUGAGGGCCCACGGCCUGCACUCGGUCCUGGAGGAGUGGUUCAUCGAGGUGCUGCAGAAUGACCUGCAGGCCAACAUCUCCCUGGAGUUUUGGAACGCCGUCUCCCAGCGCGAGAGCUGCGCGGACGAGCCGCAGUGCCUCCUGCUGCUGCUGGACGCGUUCGGGCUGCUGGAGAGCCGCCUGGACCCCUACCUGCGCAGCCUGGAGCUCCUGGAGAAGUGGACCCGCCUGGGCUUGCUGAUGGGCACCGGCGCGCAGGGCCUGCGGGACAAGGUCCACACCACGCUGCGGGGCGUCCUGUUCUUCUCCACUCCCAGAACCUUCCAGGAGAUGGUCCAGCGCCUCUAUGGGCGCUUCCUGAGAGUGUACAUGCAGAGUAAGAGGAAAGGAGAAGGGGGCACGGACCCUGAACUGGAGGGGGACUUGGACAGCCGGUACGCCCGCCGCCGGUACUACCGGCUCCUGCAGAGCCCCCUGUGCGCGGGGUGCGGCAGUGACAAGCAGCAGUGCUGGUGCCGCCAGGCCCUGGAGCAGUUCCACCAGCUCAGCCAGGUCCUGCACAGGCUCAGUCUGCUGGAGCGGGUCAGUGCCGAGGCAGUGACCAUCACGCUGCACCAGGUGACCCGGGAGAGGAUGGAGGACCGCUGCCGGGGCGAGUACGAGCGCUCCUUCCUGCGCGAGUUCCACAAGUGGAUCGAGAGGGUGGUCGGCUGGCUGGGCAAGGUGUUCCUGCAGGACGGCCCCGCCCGGCCCGCGUCCCCCGAGGUCGGCCCCACGCUGCGCCGCUGGCGCUGCCACGCGCAGAGGUUCUUCUACCGCACCUACGCGGGCCUGCGCAUCGAGGAGCUCUUCAGCAUCAUCCGAGACUUCCCCGACUCCCGGCCGGCCGUGGAGGACCUCAAGUACUGCCUGGAGCGGACGGACCAGCGGCAGCAGCUGCUCGUGUCCCUCAAGGCCGCCCUGGAGACGCGGCUUCUCCACCCAGGCGUCAACACGUGUGACAUCAUCACCCUCUACAUCUCGGCCAUCAAGGCGCUGCGCGUGCUGGACCCCUCCAUGGUCAUCCUGGAGGUGGCCUGCGAGCCCGUCCGCCGCUACCUGAGGACUCGGGAGGACACGGUGCGGCAGAUCGUGGCCGGGCUGACGGGGGACUCGGACGGGACCGGGGACUUGGCCGUCGAGCUGUCCAAGACGGACCCGGCGAGCCUGGAGACUGGCCAGGACAGCGAGGACGACUCCGGGGAGCCCGAGGACUGGGUCCCCGACCCUGUGGACGCUGACCCAGGGAAGUCCAGCUCCAAGCGGCGCUCCUCGGACAUCAUCAGCCUGCUGGUCAGCAUCUACGGCAGCAAGGACCUGUUCAUCAACGAGUACCGCUCGCUGCUGGCCGACCGCCUGCUGCACCAGUUCAGCUUCAGCCCCGAGCGGGAGAUCCGCAACGUGGAGCUGCUGAAGCUGCGGUUCGGCGAGGCCCCCAUGCACUUCUGCGAGGUCAUGCUGAAGGACAUGGCCGACUCCCGCCGCAUCAACGCCAACAUCCGCGAGGAGGACGAGAAGCGGCCCCUGGAGGAGCAGCCGCCGUUCGGGGUCUAUGCCGUCAUCCUGUCCAGCGAGUUCUGGCCCCCCUUCAAGGACGAGAAGCUGGAGGUGCCCGAGGACAUCCGGGAGGCCCUGGAGGUCUACUGCCGGAAGUACGAGAAGCUGAAGGCCAUGCGCACCCUCAGCUGGAAGCACACCCUGGGCCUGGUGACCAUGGACGUGGAGCUGGCCGACCGCACGCUGUCCGUGGCCGUGACCCCCGUGCAGGCCGUGGUCUUGUUGUACUUCCAGGACCAAGCCAGCUGGACCCUGGAGGCGCUGAGCAAGGCGGUGAAGAUGCCCGUGGCGCUGCUGCGCAGGCGGAUGGCGGUGUGGCUGCAGCAGGGCGUGCUGCGCGAGGAGCCCGCCGGCACCUUCUCGGUGGUGGAGGAGGAGCGGCCGCAGGACCGCGACAACAUGGUGCUCAUCGACAGCGACGACGAGAGCGACUCGGGCAUGGCCUCGCAGGCCGACCAGAAGGAGGAGGAGCUGCUGCUCUUCUGGACGUACAUCCAGGCCAUGCUGACCAACCUGGAGAGCCUGUCGCUGGAGCGCAUCUACAGCAUGCUGCGCAUGUUCGUGGUCACCGGCCCCGCGCUGGCCGAGAUCGACCUGCAGGAGCUGCAGGCCUUCCUGCAGAAGAAGGUGCGCGACCAGCAGCUGGUCUUCGCCGCCGGCGUCUACCGCCUGCCCAAGAGCUGCAGCUGACGACCUGGCCCUGCCGCGGCCCCCUGUCCAGCCCCCACGCCCCUGCUGGUCCCUCCCCCCACCCUGUGACCUGUCCCCUGGCCACACCCCUGCCCGGUCCCCAGAGGACAGAGUAAAGCAGCUGGUUCUUCAUCCCUUCCCUGCGCCACUGGUUUUGUGGGCCCCUCGUGACCUGGAAGCUUCUCUGCUCCACUCGGCAGGCCCAGCUCCCGGGGCAGGGGGGGAGGGAGCCCCGGAGAGGCCGGUGCACAUCUGCAUUUGGGCUCUGCCUGCAGAUGUUCUUGCCCGUGGCCAUGCCUGAGGCCCUCAGCCGGGCGGAGGGAGCUCGCCCAGCUCAGGCCCUCAGCCACCGCCACCCGCCAGGCCUCCAGCUCCAGCCUCACUCCUCUGGCCUUGGGAAGGGGCCUGCAGUGCCUCCCUCCGCCCGGCCUGAGGGUCCAGCCCCCGAGGCUGCGCCGAGUC